AUGUCUGUCUUCGGGACCUUCAUCUCCCAGCCUUUUAUCUCCCUUCCUGAACCAACCGAUUCUUACUCUGGCAAAACAGUCAUUGUAACUGGCUCAAAUGUUGGUCUUGGACUAGAAGCCGCACGGCACUUUACACGCCUCGGUGCUUCAAUAGUAAUUCUAGCUGUUCGCUCAGUCUCAAAAGGCGAAGCUGCAAAGAAUGACAUUGAAAAAAGCACUGGUAUCAAAGACGUUAUCCAAGUCUGGGAACUCGACAUGUCUUCGUACCAGUCAGUCCUCAACUUUGUUGCCCUCGCUAAGGAGCUUAAAAGACUUGAUAUAGCACUUCUAAAUGCAGGAAUUCAGGCAGGGAAAUGGGAAGUCUUCGAACAGGACGAGUCAACAAUUACCGUAAAUGUCGUCAGCACAUUCCUCCUUACGCUUGCGCUACUGCCUAAGCUGAAAGCUACGGCAAAUCAAUUUAAUACAAGACCGAACCUCACAAUAGUAGCGUCGGCAGUCCACUUCUUAACACAGUUCCCUGAAAAAAGCGCUCCAGAGGGACAGAUCUUUGAGAAGCUGAACAUCAAGGGAGAUAGCAUGCAGGAGCGGUACUAUGUUUCGAAAUUGCUAGAGGUCCUUAUCGUACGAGCAAUAGCAGAUCGAAGGCCCGCUUCGCAGAUUCCUGUCACGAUCAACUGCGUUAAUCCUGGAUUCUGUCAUUCUGAACUCACUCGGAAUGUCAGCACUCCUGUUUAUAUAGCUUCAGUCAUUUUGAAAGCCCUCUUCGCGCGUACUACAGAACAAGGCAGUCGAACACUUGUUCAUGCUGCAAGCCAAGGCCCUGAAACCCACGGACAGUACAUGUCUGACUGUCAGAUCACACCUCCGGCGCCUCUCGUCUUGCACCCGGUAGGGUAUGUGACACAGAACCGCGUAUGGAAUGAAUUGACGAAGAAGUUGGAGGCGAUCAAACCGGGUAUCACAUCCAACUUGUAG